AUGGUCGAGCUUAGAAGGGAGAUCUCAGAGUACGAUGACUUUCGACUGCUUGAUAUCGAGGAGGAGUACAGUAAGCUCCCAUACAAAACUUUGGCUUUCUUUAAAGCUGCAUAUGCCCUAGCGGAGUCACUCGCAGACAUACCUCUGAUGCCUGAAAAAGGUCCUGUUUUCACAGAUCCAAAGCUCAAAUGGUAUGAGCCUUUGACAGAUUUGCUGGGGAAAGAGUACUUUCUUCACGCCUAUGGCCCCAUCGUCUCCGAGUUAUGGGGGCUAUACUAUGGGUUAUGCAUUGCAUGGGAGAAGGGGGUCACAAGGCUCGAAGUAGAGGUGGACUCUUCGUUGGUGGUUGGUUUUAUGAAGACAGGGAUUAGCGACACACAUCCGCUGUCAUUCCUGGUACAUUUGUGCCAUGGCUUUUUAGCAAAGGACUGGGAUGUUCGAUUCACUCAUGUGUAUAGGGAGACUAAUCGUCUAGCAGAUGGAUUGGCGAACUAUGCGUUUUCACUGCAGCUGGGACUGCAUACUUUUGAUUUAGUUCCAUCCGUUUUAGUUUCUGUUUUAUGCGAGGACGAGUAUGGAAACUCGAUUUCGCGGCAUGUCCGUGUGUGA